AUGGAUGUAAAAUGCCUUGGAUGCUAUAAAAUCACCAUUGUCUUUAGCCAUGCACAAACAGUAGUAGUUUUGUGUGUUGGCUGCUCUACGGUCCUCUGCCAGGCUGCAGGAGGAAAAACAAGGCUUACAGAAGGAUGCUCCUUCAGAUGGAAGCAGCACUAA